UCUUCUUACUAAACCCUAAAGUAGAAAAAAGCAUAAUUCCUCUCACCUUUUAAUCCCCCAAUUCCCCUCGAUUCGCUUCUCCUCUCCUCGCGAAGCUCGUCUCAUCCAUUUCCUCGCGGCGUAAUCUAUCUCUCGAUGGUCUCCUUGGCGUUCUCCGUGGAGUAAAUGGUCUGCAACUUCUCCCGCGAAAGUGUAGAGUAAUAUGCUAGUUUCUUGGGAAUGGAAGUGGGUUUAGUGGAGGCGAGAAACAAUGGAAAGGAACAUGUGUUAGUUUCCUUAUCAAGUCCUACAGCAGUUGAGGUGAGACCUGUUGAUCUUACCGCCGCUGACGGUGAACAACAUGAAGAACCAUGCGGUCAUUUUUCUAUUAGAGGGUAUGUUGCUCAGAUUCGCAAGAGGGAAGCGAAAACAUGUUCUCCGUUUAGUAUGUUCUAUGAGCUACAAUCAGAUGAAAAUGCCAGCAUGUUGCCUUCAUUACCUGUGAGAAAUUUUAGACGAUGGGAUUGCAAAAGCUGCUUAAGCAGAGAAAGUGCUUCUGCACAGCAAGCAGCAGAUGGAGCAUUUUCUGCAAGACGGAGUGCUAAAGUUGAUUGUUCUUCCACUUCCUUCUUUGGGAAAACUGUUGUGCCAUUUCAUGCAGGUGGUAGUAAGUUGCUUUCUUGCUCUCAACAGCUUUCGAAAGAGAAAAUUGUUGGAAGUUUGGUUGAUAGGGAUAGCUCAAAUAAUGGAAGUAGCAGUAAAUGCUGCCAUUCAGUGUCUUCUGGCCGAAGAGAAGUUACUUGUGUCUUCACAGGCCCAACUGUAGAAGGCAAUCUAGUGUCAGUAGGCAGCGACCGCUACAAAGGGGUCCAGAAUCAACCAAGUGAGAAGUUCAUUAUUGUGGCAAAAGGUGAAGCAUGUAAAGCAUCGGUAGAAGGAAAAAGAAAUGAAGAUCCAACUCUGAAUGCUCCAGAGACUUAUUUUGAUGAAGAUAUUCUGAAGUCAAAACCAAAGGAAGCCGAAAAAGAUCAUAAAGUCGUUGUUGACCUCGAUUUAACCAAUAACGAUCUUAAUUAUACAACACCAAAGGAGACUGACGAUCAAUUACUUUGCAAAUUCAGCAAAACGAAAGAGCAUUGUCUUUCUCCAGUGGAAGAAUCUGAAAAGCAACUUGGAUUAGAUAAUGGCAUGCCAAAUCUACAUCCCAAGGAGGUAUAUGAACAGGAAACACCAGCAAAAGAUGUCGGUUUACCUGAAUGUACACUACAAGCCGAAAAUGACACUGAUGAAGUUGAUGCGUCAGAUACAAAACUUCAUCGCAAAAAGGCUAAGAAGGUACGGCUAUUAACUGACAUCAUAAAUAAUGAAAAAUUGAGCACUUCUAGAAAGGUUCCUAAGUUUUGCCAUGACACUGAAGCUGAUCAGAGUGAAGGUAGCGUUACCAUAAAACUGCAUGUAUCCAAAUGGAAAGAUCAAAAUGUUAAUGGCACAAUUGAUCAUGCUUCUACAAAUGUUCAAGGGAAACCUUUCAAGAGGAAGAAGAAAUAUAAAUCUCUUGAAAUUGAAGAUGAUGGUUCUUCUCUUAUGUAUUGGUUUAAAAGAGCUAGUAAAAAAUUAAAAGCUCACAAGAAGGAAGCAAAAAGUAGAAAGAUUGAUGCUCUUAUUGUCAACUCAAAACCUACUGGGCAUUCAGGUGCUGAAAAUGAUGUUUAUCUUAAUCCUAAAAGAGGAGAAGCUGAAAAGUUGAAGCAAAAAGUUAUUGUGCGUGAUUUGCGGAAUCUGAUGCCUCGUUCACACUGUGGGUCCCAGAGGGACAUUCUAGCAAAAAGAAAAACAAAACUGGCCAUUCGUAGGAGCUCAGAUGGUAUCCAAAACUUUAAGAACAAUGCCAAUAAAACAAAGUUGGGUAGGAAGACUAAGAAGGUAUGCCAAGAUACUAAUAAGGAAUCUUCCCACCUGAAUUUGUCAAAGGCUUCAUUAGACAAAUGUCGGCUCAAGAAUGUAAGCUAUCCACUUCAGGAAACAGUUAAUAAGAAGCAAAGAGUCGAAUCAACAUCAAAGAAGAAAACUCUAGAUGACAUCCCUAUGGAUAUUGUUGAACUCUUGGCCAAAAAUCAGCAUGAGAGACACCUGGCUAACGGCAAAGCAGCUUUUGAAACCAAUGCUACUUCAUCAACAAUGCCGCAAGUUACGAAGAAUAGUUAUGUCCCAAAUAUCACUGAGGUCGAUGAAAACAAGGCAUCACCUGGAGUCGACAUUGACAUUUUCCUGAAAAACACCGUGCAGAGUAAUUCACCAACUGCUGUUUGGACUCCUGGGAUACUAGAUUUCGAUUAUUCCCAUGGUGUUGGAAAUCAGGGCACAAAUUUUAGCAGGAAUGAAUUAAUGAGCAGUACUAUGGGCAUUUAUUCUUCAACCUGUCCCAAUGACAAAUGCCUUCCACAAUGUAGUACUUGGAACCAAAUCGGUAUUCAGAACCCACAAUCCAGUCACAGUAAUAUGGAAUUUUCAGCUCAGGUGAAUACUUCCAAUGGUGAGUCAUCUGUGCCACUACAUAGCAUUCUUUGUGGACCCAAAGCUCUAGAGCUCGAUACAAGUUUCAAUCAUAUGAAGCCGUUGAUGAAUGAUUUCUUAUGCCCAACAAAUUCAAUGAGCCACAGUUAUGCCCAACUGCAGCAUAAGAAAGAGGAGGCUCGAUUCGCUGUUCAAAAAAGGCCGUUCUCACUAUUAUCUUCUAAUCUCGAGGAAGGGAAUGUAUGCAAACCAAAAAUGGUGAGACCACCAGAUUUGUACACAAAUGAGUCUAUACCAGCAAUGCAUCUUCUUAGGCUGAUGGAUUGGACUAAAUGUUCUCGCUCGGACUUUUCUCCUUAUGGACCAUCAAAUGAAAACCAAAUAGAACUUCUCCACAGACCUCCUCAGUAUAGCAAUCAGUGCAGAGGAUUAAUUAGCGCGGAAUAUGGGUUUGAAUUUUACGACCAUAAUCAGAAUCAGCAAAAUUUCCACAAACCGUUCAGACCGCUUCCUCGAGUUGGCGUGCUCGGGUCUUUGCUGCAGAAGGAAAUAUCUAAUUGUUCCGAUAAUUGUGGAACACAAACAGCGUGUAGAAUCGGACAAUUUUAUACGAAGGCACAGAAAAAUUCCGAAGGCCUGCGCCCGGUAGCUUAUUCACCUUUUACUCCGAACCCCCAAAUUCCUUUUUCCGGACAUGAGGAUUCGGAACAGAGGUUUGGCUUGGUAGAUUCUAUUGCACAUGUCGGAUGUUCUUCCAGAAGGGAUAAUAUCGCUGAUAUCGGCAUCAGCAACCAGAGAAGAGCAUUUCAGCCCCUGAAAAGCUUCAGCACAACGGAAAUUUGCGUUAUAAACAGAAAUCCUGCGGACUUCACCACAGUCGAUGAAAACAAUGAGUAUAUGCGAGGCAGUGGCAGCACCAGGCCUAGACAUACAAUUCCCUCUGGAAACUCGCAUUUUGCAUUUCAACAUCGACGAUAGACUACAGAGAUGAUGAAACCAGAGAGCUAGCGAAAGAAAAUAUGUUACGGCAUGCCUCUAUCUCAGUAUCAAGAUCUCUUUUUUCACUGGAACUGCUUCAAAUCUUUUUGAAGGCUUGUGCAGGUAAAAAUGGUGAUGUUCCUCUUCUUUCGUUCUCGAACUGUAGAGUGGUUUCUGAGCUGCAUGUAAUAUCUGAAUACAUACGACGAUGAAGAGAAUUCUUGUCGACUGGGAAUCGCAUGUUAGAGGCCUUCGCCAAGAAAAAGGAGGGGCAGUGAAGAAUGUAUUGAUUUGCUUUAGUCAACAGCAAGUGUAUGUAUGUGUUCCAAUUGUCAGUGGUUUGUACUCUCUAGCUGCUUAACUUUUUUCUUUCUUGGUUUUGUGCAAAUGAAAUAAAACUGGAAUUCAUAACCCAAUCUCAGGUAUACAGAGAAUAUUUAAGAUUGUGAUCAUAAGCAUAGAUUGGUCUUUUGUAUCAUGGCUUGUCGUGGUGGAUGUAUUAUGAGAAAAGGCUCUUAAAGUUUGAUUUUUUUUUUU